AGGACAGUACUCGGGCAGGAUAAAAGGCUGUGUGAUGAAGAGAAGAGAAUGGAGGAGCAUGGUAAUGGCACUCAGAGUGAAAGCAGGUAUGUGGCUGGCAAGACCCUGGCAGCGCCUACACAGCAGGAGGGCGCUGGGCACCACAGCAGCGCCAGCCCCCACGACACCGCAGCCCUUUGAAGCUAUACCGCAGUACUCCAGAAACAAGUGGCUGAAGAUGCUACAGAUCCUGAGGGAGCAGGGCCAAGAGAACCUGCAUCUGGAGAUGAACCAGGCCUUUCAGGAGCUGGGGCCCAUUUUCAGGUACAACAUUGGAAGAACACAGAUAGUGUCUGUGAUGUUGCCAGAGGAUGCUGAGAAGCUGCUCCAGGUGGAGAGCACACACCCUCACCGGAUGCACCUGGAGCCCUGGGUGGCCCACAGAGAACACCGUGGCCUGAGGCGUGGCGUGUUCUUGCUAAAUGGGCCCGAAUGGCGCUUCAAUAGACUGAGGCUGAACCCAAAUGUUCUGUCACUGGAAGCCGUUCAAAAGUUUGUCCCUAUGGUGGACACGGUAGCAAGGGACUUCGUGCAGAACAUGAAGAAGAGGGUAUUCCAGAAUACUCGUGGGAGCCUUACCAUGGACAUCCAGCAAGGCCUCUUCAACUACACCAUAGAAGCCAGCAAUUUUGCUCUUUUUGGAGAGCGGCUGGGCCUCCUUGGCCAUGACCUGAGUCCUGGCAGCCUGAAGUUCAUCCAUGCCUUACAUUCCAUGUUCAAGACUACCACCCAGCUCCUGUUCCUACCCAAGAGCCUGACUCGAUGGACGAGCAACCGGGUGUGGAAAGAACAUUUUGAGGCCUGGGAUACCAUCUCUGAGUAUGCCAACAGAUGUAUCUGGAAGGUGCACCAGGAACUCAGAAUUGGCAAUCCUCAGACCUACAGUGGCAUUGUGGCAGAGCUAAUAUCUCAGGGAGCUUUGCCUCUUGACGCCAUCAAAGCCAACUCUAUGGAGCUCACCGCUGGGAGUGUAGACACGACAGCAAUCCCCUUGGUAAUGACCCUUUUCGAGUUGGCUCGGAACCCAGAUGUUCAGCAGGCCCUUCGGCAGGAGAGCCUGGCAGCUGAGGCCAGCAUUGCUGCAAAUCCUCAGAGGCUUAAGUCAGAAUUGCCUCUGUUGCAGGCUGCCCUUAAAGAGACCUUGAGGCUCUAUCCUGUUGGUAGCUUUUUGGAGAGAAUUCUAAGCUCAGACUUGGUGCUUCAGAACUACCAUGUCCCUGCUGGGACAUUGGUCCUGUUUUAUCUGUACUCCAUGGGCCGAAACCCUGCAGUGUUCCCAAGGCCUGAGCGUUACAUGCCUCAGCGCUGGCUGGAGAGGAAGAGGACUUUCCAGCACCUGGCCUUUGGCUUUGGGGUGCGCCAGUGCCUGGGGAGGCGCCUGGCAGAGGUGGAGAUGCUGCUCCUGCUGCACCACGUGCUGAAAUCCUUCCACGUGGAGACACUAAGGCAAGAGGAUGUGCAGAUGGUCUACCGCUUUGUUUUGAUGCCCAGCUCCAGCCCCCUCCUCACUUUCCGGCUUGCCAGCUAGUCACUUCUGCAUCUGGGGUCCUGGUCAGGCCACCUCUUCUGUCUACCUCUUCUAUCCUGACACUCAAGGUCACACUUCUUUGCCAACAGGA